GUGAUGUUUAUUUGCUAAAAUUGAAAGAAAGCAUACAUGGCAAUUGUUUUUACAAAUUGAUGAACUAAGUCUUGUGAUGUCAGAUAGAUAAGAUAUGGCCUUCAUUAUAAGCUCAAUGAUGCUAAUAAAUAAAGUAUAAUAUCAAGGUUCUAAAAGGUAUCGCUCCUCCUGAUGCACAUUGCUCAUGGUCUUGCAUAUCUUACUUCCUUUUUUUCUUUCUUUUUGUUUUUUGUGAGGGUAAACAGUCUGAUAUAGUAGGAUGUAUGCUGUAAGUUUGAUAUGUCUAUUUGUUUGAAGUUUCUUGUCUUAAUUACAAAAUAUGAAUCCCCAAUUUUUUCCUUCUCAAGUCUCAAUUUUAACACCAAAAUUUCAAAUUUUUAUUUUAUGUAUAAAGGAGAUGUAUAAUGAUGAGGAACUACUCAGACAAAGUGGCCGAGAUUCAUUUCGUCAAAGGAAAUCAUCUCAUUUUUUUAAGGAACUCUUUAGAAAUUCAAAUCUCAUUCCUAAUGCUUUUGUUAAAAGUACACUAACAUCAGUUUUACUUUUUGGCAAUGUGAAGAAAUUAUUCACUUUUUAUGAUUCUUUAUUGGAUUCUCCGUGGUUUUUUCUGAUCCUCUAAAUCAUGAUGCCUAUGCCCGCUGCCUAUGAACGUUCACUUUAUCUGAGAACCAGGGAGAAGGAAAAUUCUAGGACAUCCAUUACUUCAUAUGUAUUUGUCUCCUUCUUUGCAACCAAGCUGGCCAUUAUCUGUGAAAGACAUUUUUGUGAGACAUGGAAUGUCGCUUGCAAUGAAAGUGUCAUUUGCUCGAUCGCGGCCAUCUCGAAAUCACGUGGUUAAGCCUUCUUUGGGCCCUAUCCUCUCACCUGCAACUUCUUUGGUGCAUCAAGCUCUCCCCCCUGUUCCUAGCAGUGCACCCUUACCAAGACGUCAUGGUGGUCAUCAUCAUCGCCAUGUGAAACCUGUAGUGACUGCUCCAUUCCCUUCAGAAGAGCAAAGCUGUGAUCAAAUAUGCACAGAGCCACUCACUGCAUCUCUCUCUGGCUCACCUUGUGGCUGUGUUUAUCCUAUGAAAGUUAGACUUCUCCUAGAUGUGGCUCCGUAUGCUGUUUUUCCUGUAAUGAGAGAGCUAGAGAGUGAAGUUGCAGCAGGCACGUAUCUGGAACAGAGUCAAGUGAUAAUCAUGGGUGCAAGUGCUGACAGUCAGAAUCAGGGGAAAACGGUCGUGGAUAUCAACUUGGUUCCACUUGGAGAGAAGUUUGAUAAUACUACUGCAAUACUUACAUAUGAUAGAUUUUGGAAAAACAAAAUGCCUUUAAAUAUAACUCUUUUUGGUAAUUAUGAAGUUAUAUACAUUAGUUAUCCAGGGAUUCCUUCUUCACCACCAUAUCCAAACUACACGGGGAGUGGUCCGAGUGGAAGUGCAGGAGAUCUCCCCAUUACUGCUAAUUUUGCGAGCAAGACCCAGAGGAUGAAUCUUAGAACCAUCACCACCAUUGCUUUGUCAGCAUUUGUGGUUUUAGUGGUUUGCAUUGGGGCAAUUGCUGUUGUUGUGAAAUGGAGGAAGUCUGGAAGACCAUCAAGUGCUGUUGGUCCGGCAUUUACAUCCUCUAUAAAUAAAAGAUCUGGCAUUGGGUCUUUCUUGUCAAGCAGCAUUGCAAGCUCAACACCAAUGUCCCUCAUGUCCAACAUGGCUACUUGUAUGCUCUCCGUCAAAACAUUUUCAUUCGCUGAGCUUGAGAAGGCAACAGACAAGUUCAGUUCAAAGAGGAUUUUAGGUGAAGGAGGAUUUGGACGUGUUUACCUCGGGAGUGUCGAAGAUGGAACUGAAGUUGCUUUUAAGCUGCUUACAAGGGACAAUCAGAAUGGAGACCGUGAAUUUGUCGCUGAAGUUGAAAUGUUAAGUCGAUUGCAUCAUCGAAACCUUGUGAAACUUAUUGGCAUAUGUAUUGAAGGGCGCACACGCUGCUUGGUGUAUGAACUUAUUCGGAAUGGCAGUGUGGAAUCGCACUUGCAUGGUGUUGACAAGAAUAAGGGACCUCUUGACUGGGAUGCACGGUUGAAGAUUGCCCUUGGAGCAGCUAGGGGAUUGGCCUAUCUUCACGAAGAUUCCAACCCUCGUGUAAUUCAUCGAGAUUUUAAGGCUAGUAAUGUUUUACUAGAAGAUGACUUCACCCCCAAGGUCUCUGAUUUUGGCUUGGCGAGGGAAGCAACAGAAGGAAGUCAUCAUAUAUCUACUAGGGUCAUGGGAACUUUUGGGUAUGUUGCCCCUGAAUAUGCAAUGACAGGACAUUUACUUGUAAAGAGUGAUGUCUACAGUUAUGGGGUUGUGCUGCUUGAGCUUCUGUCUGGAAGAAAACCUGUGGAUAUGUCCCAACCUCCGGGACAGGAAAAUUUAGUGACUUGGGCACGCCCGCUGCUAACUACUAGAGAAGGAUUGGAGCAGUUGGUGGAUCCUUCCUUGGCAGGAAGCUAUGACUUUGAUGACAUGGCUAAAGUGGCAGCCAUUGCUGCCAUGUGUGUUCACUCAGAGGUGACUAACAGGCCAUUCAUGGGUGAAGUUGUCCAGGCUCUGAAACUGAUAUACAAUGACACAGAUGAGACUUGUGGAGACUACUGCAGUCAAAAGGAGUCCUCUGUUCUGGAAUCUGACUUCAAAUGUGAUCUUGUUCCUUCGGACAGUAGCUGGUGGAAUGCUGGCGGGACCUCCCCUCGGUUAACUUAUGGGCAGGCCUCAUCCUUCAUUACGAUGGAUUACAGUUCCGGUCCACUUGAAGAGAUGGAAAGCAGACCGUUUUCAGCUUCAAGUUUAGCUGGGGAUCGCCUGUCUCUGCCAAUUAGACACAUGAACCGUUCCGGCCCCUUGAGAACUGUAAGAAGUAAACCAGCCUUCUAUAGAUUAAGGGGCAGCGUUAGCGAACACUGGGGGCUCCUGUCAAGGCGUUUUCGGAAUGACGGAUAUUGGGUAUGAGGUUUUCUUUUAAGACUUUUCGAAGUGUACAGUUCAGGAGGACCAUUAGAUUUCUGUUUAACGGUCGAAUGAUGUAGUUUAGGUGUUUGGUAUUCAUGGGGUUUCCAUGUCUGGAGAGAUAAGAGAGACCCUUGCGUCUGAUUUUGAAAAUCCUGAUUCAUACUACACAAAGUUAAGUUGGAGAUGUAAGAUGAAUACUCCUUGUAUUGUAUAUCCAUUUAAUUGUUUAUUACGGUCCAAUGCUGUACCAGUUACCGAA